AUGGCGAAAAGUCCAAGAAUUUGGGAAUUAAUGUUGGUGCCACCUCCAUGGCUGGAACAACUAUUGUCAACCCCAUUCUUUACCAUGUGUCAAGCCCACAUCAACGCACCCAGAAACGAAUGCAACAUGUAUUGCCUCGAUUGCAGAGACCAAGCAUUCUGUUAUUACUGUAGACAAUCAUGGCAUAACAAUCACCAAGUAAUUCAAAUAAGGAGAUCUUCGUAUCAUGAUGUUGUGAGGGUAGCAGAGAUUCAGAAGGUUUUGGAUAUCAGUGGGGUUCAGACAUAUGUGAUUAACAGUGCCAGAGUUCUUUUUCUCAAUGAGAGGCCUCAGAAUCAGCCUAAGACCAAUAACGCUGUUUCUAGUGGUAAAAGCAAUUCCCAUUUGUGUGAAAUUUGCAGAAGAAAUCUCUUGGACCCUUUUCGUUUCUGUUCUUUGGGAUGCAAGCUUGUAGGAAUAAAGAAGAAUGGGAAUGCGAGUUUUGUCGUAAGCGCAAAGAAAGACGAGGAAAUAGGGAGAAUGCAUGAAGGAAUGGGAAGAGGGUUGCCAUCAAAGGAAGAAGACGAAGAAUUGCGUGAAGGAAUCCACAAACAAGUAUACCAAAGCACGUCUUCUCCUCAUCUUCGGCCAUCUCUACAGCCAUGCUCAAAUUCAAGAAGAAGAAAGGGAAUACCUCAAAGGGCACCUUUAGGUCCCUAA